GCUUGAGUCUGCAUUUUCACAUAAGUAGAGCAAUUAACUUUAAUUUCCCGGGAGACAACAUCUUACAAUUUAACACAAAGUUAACGCGAGAACAUUGAGCGGUUUAUCAUCGUCGUACGUCUGAUACCACAGGAGGCGGUCACACCGUUGUUGCUCUCUGGCUGAAUAGGCCAACUGUUUUCCUUUAGGCUACAGAGUUCCAUGAGUGCUGCAGCUCCAACGCACAGUGUACGUGCUUGCAUGGAAGCGUCAACGGAGGUUUUCCACUUUCUGCUUUUGAACCAAAACCAAAAACCUAAACACGCAGCCCUGCAUCUGAAGGAGCGAUCAUCUGAACAUGGCAAGGACUUUGGUGCUGUUUGCGAGUUGUUUGUUGUUUCUGCUCUCCUCUGGCGCGGAGGGGACGCGCAGCAGGGAGAGAGUUUACUAUGUGGGGAUCAUUGAGGACUGGUGGGAUUAUGCGCCCAGUGGAAAAAACCUGCUUAACGGUGAAGACGUCGAAAAUGACGAGCAUGCAUCUGUAUUCCUGGAAAAAGGCCCCCACCGUAUUGGCAGUGUUUAUAAGAAAGCCAUGUUCCGACAGUAUACAGAUGCUACGUACCGCCUUCUGGCCCCCCGACCUGCCUGGUUGGGCUUCUUGGGGCCCAUACUGCGAGCUGAGGUUGAUGACGUUAUUGUGGUCCACAUGAAGAACUUUGCGACCAGGAACUACUCUAUGCAUCCUCAUGGAGUUUUCUAUGAGAAGAAUGCAGAGGGGGCACUCUAUCCAGAUGGGACAUCAAACAAGUUGAAGAAGGACGACUCUGUUCCCCCGGGAGGCAGCUACACCUACCGCUGGGAGGUCAGACCAGAAUUUGCCCCCACAGAUGACGAUGCCAACUGCCUGACCUGGGUCUACCACUCUCACGUGGAUGCUCCCAAGGACAUCGCCUCAGGACUUAUCGGGGCUCUCCUCACCUGUAAGAAAGGAAUCUUGAAGGAGACUAACGAUCCAGUCCAGGGUCAGACAAAGCCAGAGUCGGUUGUAGAGUCAAUCCGAAAUGAUGUGGACCAGGAUGUCUUCCUGAUGUUCAAUGUGGUGGAUGAAAACCUGAGUUGGUACCUGGAGGACAACAUUGAGACCUGCUCUGAUCCAGCUCGAGUCAACCAAGAAGACCCAGACUUUGUGGAGUCAAACCUGAUGCACGCUAUUAGUGGGUACGUGUUUGGUAACCUGCCCAGAAUCCAGUUAUGCCAGCACCGUGCAGUAGCCUGGCAUUUGUUUGGCAUGGGUAACGAGGUGGACAUUCAUUCUGCCUUUUUCCACGGGAAUACACUGCUGGACCGUGGCCACCGCACCGACGUCCUCAGCCUGUUCCCAGCCACGUUUGCUACAGCUGAGAUGGUCCCAAAAACAAAAGGAAAGUGGCAGCUGACCUGCCAGGUUAAUGACCACUUGCAGGCUGGGAUGCAGGCCUUUUAUGAAGUGAAGUCCUGUGGCAGUGAGGCCAGUUCAACAGUGAUGGGCGGUGUUGUGAGAAAUUACUACCUGGCAGCAGAGAACCUCCUGUGGAGCUAUGCUUCCUCGGGAAUGGAUCUGAUUAAUAAUGUAUCCCUUACAGAGGCUGGCAGUGCAUCAGAGAUGUUUUUUGGCAGAGAUGGUGGAAGGAUCGGAGGUCAGUAUCUGAAAGUGAUAUACAAAGAGUACACAGACAAUACCUUCACCACCAAAAAACCACCAACAACAGAUUCUCAACACUUAGGAAUCUUAGGUCCAGUCUUGAGGGCAGAGGAAGGAGACACUCUCAGAGUGACAUUCAUGAAUAAAGCUAAUAGAAACUACAGCAUCCAGCCUCAUGGCCUGCACUAUGAUGAACACUUUCAGGGAAGCAGCUAUGAGGACGGUGUCGAUAAGCCAGGCUCCCACGUUGGUCCAGGGGAGAACUUCACCUACAUCUGGCAGGUGCUAGAAGGUCCAUCUUCAUCUGAUUCUCCCUGUGUCCCCUACCUAUACUACUCUGCCACUGAUCCUGCCAUGGACACCAACUCUGGAUUAGUGGGACCUCUGCUCGUGUGCAAGAAAGGAACGCUGGGAGAGAAAGGAACCCAGAAGGGUGUGGAUAAGGAGUUAUUCCUUCUGUUUUCUGUCAUGGAUGAAAACAUGAGCUGGUAUUUGGAGGACAAUAUCAAGCUGUUCGGCAGCAACAAGACAAAUCCAGAAGACGCGGACUUCGAGGAGAGCAAUAAGAUGCAUGCUGUAAACGGACUCAUGUAUGGGAACCUUCUCGGACUGGAGAUGUGUGCCGGGGACAAAGUUACGUGGUACACCUUUGGGCUAGGUACAGAGGUGGACAUCCAUGGUGUUUAUUUUGAGGGGAACACCUUCAAGAAGCAGAGCACAACGCGUGACACCAUCGGCCUGUUCCCUCACACCACUGCUACUGCAGCAAUGCAGCCAAACACUCCUGGUGUGUACGAGGUGAGCUGCAGAGUAACAGACCACUACUCUGCUGGCAUGAGGCAGCAGUACAGAGUGAACCUCUGCCCGAAACACAAAUUGAAGCACACACACACAGAGCCAACCAAGAUUGUGCAGUAUUUCAUUAGUGCUGAAGAAAUAGAGUGGGACUACUCACCUGAGAGAGACUGGGAGCUGGAGAAACACCACACCACAUCAGAGGACAGUCCAGGCAAUAUAUUUGUGGAGAAAGGGAAAAACAGAAUUGGCUCGCGCUACAAGAAGGUGGUGUAUAGAGAAUACACUGAUGACACCUUCAGAGUUCAGAAGAAACGUCAGCCCAACCAACAACACUUGGAAAUUAUUGGUCCAAUAAUCAAAGCAGAGGUAGGAGAGCAAAUCGUGAUCACAUUCAAGAACAAAGCCAGCCGUCCAUACUCGAUUAGCGCACAUGGAGUUAGGGCCAGCGGCGCACACAUUCCUGUCAGACCUGGCUACAUAAUCGAGUUGACAUGGGAUGUUCCCAUAAGCUCUGGUCCAGGGGUCUCAGAUCCUAACUGCAUCUCUUACGCCUACUACUCCAAUGUUGAUUUCAUUAAGGAUCUGUACAGUGGUCUCCUGGGGCCUCUGGUGAUAUGCAGGCCUGGUACUCUGCAGCACGGUGAGGGGCCCGAAAGACAGAGGGGUGAUGUGGAGAAGGAGUUUGCUCUUCUCUUUAUGGUGCAUGAUGAAAACCAGUCCUGGUACUUGGACGACAACAUCAGAACAUACCUCGGUGUUGACCCUGAUACCUUCAUUCCAGGCGAAGACUUUGAGGAGAGUAACCUGAUGCACGGGAUCAAUGGUAAGCUGUACGGUAACCUCCAUGGACUGGUGAUGAUGCAGGGCCAGAAAGUUGACUGGUAUCUUCUGGGCAUGGGCAACGAAGUGGACAUGCACACCGUUCACUUCCACGCUGAGACUUUCACCUACAAGACGGACCGUGUGCAUCGUGCAGACGUCUUUGACCUCUUCCCCGGGACUUUCCAGACUGUGGAGAUGGUUGCCGGAAACCCAGGGACUUGGUUGCUCCACUGUCACGUGACUGACCACAUCCAUGCAGGCAUGGAGACCACUUUCACCAUCAAAGAAAACUCCUCACAUGCACCAGGAAUUGAAGGCUCCAUAAAGACGCUGCUGCUCUCGCUGGUACUUGGUUUAAUGGCUGUAGGUGGACUCCACUAAUGUGACAGAGGGGUCCCCCCAUAGCUAUAUAGUUUAGAGAAUGUUAUAGAUCCAGGACGAAACUGACAGAAGAGCAGGACUCAGAGAAAAGGUGGUGGGCAGGUUUACAAGGGGGAUGCAUUUUGCCCAUUUUGCUAACAAGAGGGAUGGCAUCCCCCGUCAUCCCCUAUCAAAUCGCCUACUGGUGUUACCACGAGAGUGGUCAUUACUGCACGUAAAAAAUCCAGGGACAAAAUCACUGUUGCAUAUGUAUUUGCUGGAGGUUAUGUAUGUAAAUAUCAAGCAAUGAUCAGGCAAGUCACAAUAUACAGUGGUGUGAAAAAGUG